AUGAGCGAGGAUGUAGAGCAACGCCCAGCAAAGAGGCAGCGUUUUUUCACUGACAGUCCAAGCUCGCCUUUACCCUCCAAACCAGAAGAUACAGACGCGUCCUUGCCUCGUUGCCUGGAACACGAGUAUCGUACGGAUCAUGGCGCCACACUCGAGCCUCCGUCACUUGACCGCAUCCCGAAAAACUCUCCUAGCUUGGAAAACGAACCCUAUCAGCAGCAUACACGAAAUGGAGUAGAUCAACAAAUCGAGGAGGAAGUGACUAUCAAUACAACCACAACAAACACAAUCCCAGAUGGCUUCGAUGUCGACCUUUUCACCAGCAUCGUGGGAGAGCAACUACCUGCCGACUCAAUCAAAAUCAUUCAAUCAGCUGCUUCCAAUGAUCUUGAGCGAGCUGUGAACAUAUACUUUGAUGGAUCAUGGAAGAAGCCUGUGCCGAUGAAUGGCAGCGCCCCCGCCAAAAGCCGGAAGCCUGCUCUUCCGGUACAGCCUAGCCUUGAAACGCUAGUUGAAAGUGAAUCGGUACUGCGACAUCAGCCACCAGCAAGGUAUGUUGGCGCAUUUGGGGUGGGAGGGUGGGCAACAAGAAGUGGCUUGGGAUUUCUCAAGCAUGGAGACCCCGUCAUCAUUGAACGCGCACGCUCACAGCCAACGAUGAAACGUGGCCGAGGAGGCAAAUCAUUUAUCAAUCACAAAAGUGAUGUUCUAACUCGGUUCACAAACACCUCGGGGCAAGAAGUCGGAAGGCUGCCACAUGAGACUGCUGAAUGGGUUUCUACGCUGAUUGAUCAGAAAAUAUGUCGGUUUGAAGGAGUCUGUGUGUUCGUGCCCGAUAGGGUGCGAGUCAACGAUACCAUAUAUUUACAACUCCGAGUCUACCUGCGAAAGGAAGCCUUUCAAAGUGGGGCGCUCGCUGCUUUGAACAAUGAUGACAACAGGUCCACUGGACUGUUUGAAGAGAAGGAGAGCACCGAGGAGAAGAAUUUGCGACUACGCCAAGUCGGUCUAGUGAAAUUAUUUCACGAAAUCAAUCUUCAUCCUACCUCGACCAACCCAACUACGGAAAAGCACAAAAGGGAUGGUAUUCUGCGCGCCGCUGAAAUUGCAGAACAAUAUGACAGCACAAAGAAGGAAAAAGACAAACCAAAAUCAAACGAUGAUCCCAACGAGUCAUCAGGCGAGGACGACAGCGAAGAACUGGAAGAAGAUCAGCUCGAUACGCUGUACCAAAAAGCUCAGUCAUUCGAUUUCAACAUGCCAGCGGCAGAUCCAGCGCCUAGUUUCACCCUUGAUCUGCGCAAGUACCAGCAACAGGCCCUUCAUUGGAUGUUGGCAAAAGAGAAAGACUCAAAGCAAACUCGAGAGAAGUCAAUGCAUCCAUUGUGGGAAGAAUACACUUGGCCCAGAAAGGAUGUUGACGACAAAGAUUUACCACAAGUUAAAAACAUUGACCAUUUUUAUGUCAACCCGUAUUCGGGAGACCUCAGUGUUGACUUUCCUGCUCAAGAGCAACACUGCCGAGGCGGAAUCCUGGCUGAUGAAAUGGGUCUGGGGAAAACUAUUGAGAUGCUCAGUCUGGUUCAUUCGCACAGAGUCGAACCUGAUCCACAUGUUUCGAAUGGUUUCAGCUCAGUGAAUGACCUUGCUAGGAUGCCAAACUCAUCCGGGGUGGUGUCUGCACCAUAUACUACUCUGGUUGUGGCACCGACAUCUUUAAUCUCUCAAUGGGAAAGCGAGGCACUCAAAGCCGGGACGCUGAGAGUCCUUGUUUAUUAUGGGUCGGACAAGGCUGUCAACUUGAGAGAUAUAUGCUGCGAAUCCAAAUAUGCAACAGCUCCACAGGUGGUUGUCACCAGUUAUGGUGUGGUAUUGUCGGAAUUCCGCCAGUUCGCUCUCCAGUCUGCUCUAGGACCCAGUGCAAAUGGGGGUCUAUUCUCUGUGGAAUUCUUCCGAGUAAUUCUUGAUGAGGCCCAUGUGAUCAAGAACCGCCGUUCUAAGUCUGCUAAAUCAUGCUAUGAGUUAAAAGCUGCCCAUCGGUGGGCACUGACUGGCACGCCCAUUGUCAAUCGCCUUGAGGACCUCUUCAGUCUGGUGCGUUUCCUAAAAGUGGAGCCAUGGAGCAAUUUCUCCUUCUGGAAGACGUUUAUUACAGUGCCCUUCGAAUCUAAAGAAUACGUGCGGGCUCUGAACGUCGUGCAAAGUGUACUGGAGCCUCUCGUUCUUCGGCGGACCAAAUCGAUGAAAACCCCAGAGGGCCAGCCAUUAGUUCCCUUGCCCAAAAAGACAAUCACUAUUGAGGAAGUGGAGCUACCGAAACAAGAACGAGAAAUUUACGACUGCAUAUUUACUCGGGCUAAACGAACUUACAACGACAAUGUUGUGGCUGGCACACUGUUACAGUCUUACAGCACAAUCUUUGCUCAAAUUCUCCGUCUUCGUCAGACCUGCUGCCACCCUAUAAUGACACGCAACAAAGCCAUCGUUGCGGAAGAAGAGAGUGCGGCAGUAGCGGCUGAUGCAGCCAACGAGUUUAAAGAUGAUAUGGAUCUUCAAGAAUUGAUCAACCAGUUCACCACGGAGAAUGAGAACGCCGACUCUCAAGAUACCUCCGGAACGAUGGUUAAGUUCACCACCCAUGCUCUUCGGCAGAUCCAAACCGAGUCCAGCGGCGAGUGCCCUAUCUGUUGUGAAGAGCCUAUGGUCGAUCCUGCGGUAACAGCGUGCUGGCACAGUGCGUGUAAGAAAUGCCUCGAAGACUUCUUGCAACAUCAAAUGAACAAGGGCGUUGAGGCACGGUGCUUCAACUGCCGUGCACCAGUGGAUGCAAAGAAUACCUUUGAAGUAGUACGACAUCCGUCCUCGAACUCAAUUUCUUUCGGAGACGACACUGUGAGCAGCACGCCGCCAACCAGCUCACAACCUGCCCCACGCAUCUCUCUCCGUCGCAUAUACCCUCUCUCUCCUUCUGCCCACACUUCAGCCAAGAUUCACGCCCUCAUUGCCCACCUCGGGCGCAUCCCUCCAAAUACCAAAUCCGUUGUCUUCUCCCAAUUCACCUCCUUCCUGGACCUGAUCGGCCCACAACUCUCUCGUGUCGGAAUCUCGCAUAUACGCCUGGAUGGCUCAAUGCCCCAGAAGGCCCGGAGAAGCGUGCCUGUAAAGACUAGCGCUCCCUCGCCCUCAACACCAGCCCCUACAGUCCUACUCAUCUCGCUGCGUGCCGGCGGCGUAGGCCUCAACCUAACAAGCGCAAGCAAUGUCUUCAUAAUGGAUCCGUGGUGGAGUUUCGCAAUCGAAGCGCAAGCCAUCGACCGCGUCCAUCGAAUGGGUCAGACACGCGAUGUCAAUGUGACGCGAUUCGUGGUCAAGGAUUCCAUAGAAGGCCGCAUGCUGCGCGUGCAAGAGCGUAAAAUGAACAUUGCUGGCUCGCUUGGAUUGAAGAUUGGCGGCGAUGAUGGUGAUGCAGAUAAGGGGAAGGAGAGACUCGAAGAGUUGAAAAUGUUGUUCGAAUGA